UAUUAGACAGUGGGGACCUUCAAAAGCAGGCUGAGGUUUUCCUGCAACACGGGAGAGGCUGAGACAAACCAGCUCUGCUGCUGCUCCUAACGAGGGUGACCCUCGCGAAAAUGCGCUCUCACGUCUCAUCCUGCGCGAAGGUGCAGGAGCAGAUGGCCAACUGCCCCAAGUUCGUCCCAGUUGUCCCCACGUCCCAGCCUAUUCCCAGCAAUAUUCCCAAUCGCUCGACGUUCGUGUGCCCGUACUGCGGGGCCCGGAACCUGGACCAGCAGGAGCUGGUGAAGCACUGCAUGGAGAACCACCGCAACGACCCCAACAAAGUG